AUGUUAAUUCAAAGGAUUUCUUUUAAUAAUUUUAAACUGUCAUUUCCCACUGGUGGCUUGCUAACAGCGCGAUACAAUUAUAGAAAUGCCUACGACUUUAUUCAAAUUCAACCAAACACGAGAUUUCUGUCUACAACGGUAUCACUUGCGUCGCAAAUCGGUCGUAGACCAAUACCUUAUCCACCCGAGGUUACAAUUACACAUGAUACGACACCAAUUACCCAACCACGAGUUAAAGCAGAUUUAUUUUCUACAACAUUAACGAUUUCCGGACCUUUAGGAUCACAUUCUAUGCCUAUUAAACCUUUCGUACAACUGAUUUUUCAUGAGAAGGAAGAUUCGAAGAAAUAUGAUAAAAGUAUCGAGUCAAGCGAAUUCAUAGAUGAUAGCGAACAGGAUAAGAAACUUAGCGUUGAAGUCAAUAAUGCAAAAAUCAAACAACAAAGACAAAUGUGGGGAACCACGAGAGCAUUAAUUACGAAUUAUGUCGUUGGCGUUAGCGAAGGUUAUAGGGUGUUGUUAAGAUUUGUUGGCGUGGGUUAUAGGGCUAACAUGGAAGGUGAUAAACUUGCCAUAAGGGUUGGAUACACGCAUCCUGUCAUAUUGGAUGUUCCUGAUGGCAUCAAAUGUGCCAUCCCUAGUCCAACAAAGGUUAUAUUGAGUGGAACUGAUAAACAAAAAGUAUUUCAAUUUGCAGCAGAAAUAAGAAGUCACAAACCACCUGAGCCAUAUAAUCAAAAAGCAAAAGCUUAUGAAUCGUUAUAUAAGGAAUAUAAGGAGAAAGGAAUUUCAACAGAUACAAUAUUAUAUGAAAAGGUUUAUGUAACGUUACUAACCAAUGUUUUAAAUUUCAUAUAUUCCGCGUUCUUCAAAGAACUGUUCACAAUCAUGAAAGAUCAGGUUCUUGAACAAGCGCCUCGAAAAAUUAAGCACAUUCAAUUUAGCGUUCUCUCUCCUCAAGAAAUCGUCAAAAAUGCUCAAUUGGCGAUCACACAUCGCGAUCUUUUCAACGAUAAUCGCAAACCCAUGGAAAACGGUGUCCUUGAUACGCGGCUGGGAACAUCGGAUCAUGACACGUUGUGUCAAACUUGUGGCGAAAAAAUGGCUCAAUGCAUCGGUCAUUUUGGUUAUGUCAAAUUGAUAUUACCUGUCUUUCAUAUUGGAUAUUUUAAGGCUGUAAUAAAUAUGCUUCAGAAUAUUUGCAAGACUUGUAGUCGCGUUUUAUUAGAGGAAGAAGAUCGUCGCUUAUAUCUGAAACGAUUACGAAGCUCCAAAGAAGCGGCUUCGCGUCAAAAAUUAGACAAAGCUAUAAACACCUUGUGUAAAAAAGUAACAGAUUGUCCAUUCUGUGGUGCAAUAAAUGGCUCUGUUAAGAAAGUUGGUGUACUCAAGAUUGUGCAUGAGAAAUUCAAAUCAAAGAAAGCACAAGGAGAACACGAAAAAUUCAAGGGCACCUUCAAUAAUGCGAUUGAAUACACACCAGAUUUGAAACCACAUUUGCACAAAGCGCAGGAAGAUUUAAAUGCCCUGAAAGUUCUUGAGCUUUUUAAAAGGAUAUCAGACGAUGAUUGUGAAUUACUUGGGCUAGACCCUCAAAAUGCGCGACCAGAACUAUUUAUUUGGCAACGUCUCCCAGUACCUCCUGUGGCGAUUCGUCCAUCAAUUGCGCAAGAUAAUGCAAGCACAGAAGACGACUUGACGGUGAAAUUGUCAGAAAUUGUCCAAACAAACACUAACAUUACAGCGGCACUGUCUAAAGGAGUUACCAUUACACAACUUAUGGAACAAUGGGAUUAUUUGCAAUUAACAAUUGCUAUGUAUAUACACAGUGAAAUGCCAGGUUUGGGAAAUAUGGCGGGUAUAAAACCUAGCAGAGGAUUAUGUCAGCGAUUGAAAGGUAAACAGGGUAGAUUUCGUGGAAAUUUGUCUGGUAAACGUGUCGAUUUUUCUGGACGUACUGUAAUUUCACCUGAUCCGAAUUUACGGAUUGAUGAGGUUGCUGUCCCAGUUCUAGUAGCAAAAAUUUUAACUUACCCAGAAAGAGUAUUCGAAUUUAAUAUUGAUAAGUUACGUCAGUGUGUGAUAAACGGAUCGGAUAUUCAUCCUGGUGCCAAUUUUGUCAAACAUAAGUCUGGAGGGAAAAGAUUUCUUAAGUAUGCUGACCAAGCAUCAAAAGACGCUUGUGCUGCCGAACUACAAAUCGGAGACAUUGUAGAAAGACAUUUGAGAGAUGGUGAUGUCGUCUUAUUUAAUCGUCAACCAUCUUUACACAAACUUAGUAUAAUGGCUCAUUAUGUACGAGUCAAACCAUGGAGAACUUUUCGUUUUAAUGAAUGUGUAUGUAAUCCGUAUAAUGCAGAUUUUGACGGUGACGAAAUGAAUCUUCAUGUACCUCAAACUGAAGAAGCUCGAAUCGAGGCAAUCGAAUUGAUGGGUGUAAAGAACAAUUUGGUUACACCUAGAAACGGAGAUCCUAUCAUAGCUGCAAUUCAAGAUUUUAUCACGUCGUCAUAUUUGCUUACAAAGAAAGACGUUUUUUAUAAUCGAGCACAAUUUUCACAAAUUUGUUCGUAUAUGGCUGAUGCUAAUAUGCAUAUCGAUAUUCCUUUGCCCUGCAUAUGGAAACCAAUGAAACUUUGGACCGGAAAGCAAAUAUUUAAUGUAUUAAUGAGACCAAAUAAGCAAUCGUCGGUUUUAGUUAAUCUCGAAGCGAAAGGACGUUCAUUUGAUAAGAAAGAGGGGAGAGCGCCCGAUCUAUGUCCAAAUGACGGUUAUGUUGUUAUUCAAAAUAGCGAGAUUAUGUGUGGUUGUAUGGAUAAAUCUUUAGUAGGAGAUGGUAAUAAGCAUUCAUUAUUUUAUACGAUACUCCGUGAUUAUGGGUCAAUAGAAGCUUCUAAUGCAAUGAACCGUUUAUCUAAGUUGUGUUCACGGUGGUUAGCCAAUCGAGGAUUCUCUAUUGGUAUCAAUGAUGUGCAACCAGGUGAAAGGCUAAGAGAAGGGAAAGAAGAACUCAUUGAAUUAGCAAAUAAGACUUGUAGCGAACUCAUUGAACAGUCCAAAUCAGGUCGAAUGGAAAAUCAACCCGGUUGUAAUGAAGAACAAACGUUGGAGGCACAUAUAUCUGGCGUUUUAUCCAAAGUUCGUGAAGACGCAGGUCAAAUUUGCAUGACAGAACUAAACAAAUAUAAUGCUCCACUUAUUAUGGCAACUUGUUCGAAAAUCAAUGUAUCCCAAAUGGUUGCUUGUGUCGGUCAACAAAUUAUCAGUGGGAGCCGAAUUCCUGAUGGAUUUCAAGAUCGUUCUUUGCCACAUUUUCCAAAGCACUCAAAAACACCGGUGGCUCGAGGUUUCGUUAGAAACAGCUUCUAUAGUGGAUUGACUCCUACAGAAUUUCUUUUUCAUGCGAUCUCUGGUCGUGAAGGUCUUGUUGAUACCGCUGUCAAAACAGCCGAAACUGGAUACAUGCAAAGAAAACUCAUGAAGGCUUUAGAAGAUCUGACAAUUCAUUAUGAUAUGUCAGUACGAAAUUCGUCAGGUGGCUUAGUUCAAUUUUAUUAUGGGGAUGAUGGCUUGGAUCCUGCUUUUCUCGAAGCAGAAAUUCUUCCUGUGGACCUUAAACGUAAUCUACAACAUACGAUUAAUAUAAUUCCGUUUGGUGAUGAUAAAUUGCUGUUACCAUACGAAAUACGUGAAAUUACCGAUAGUAUAUUAGAGAGCGAUAAAUUUGUGAAUUCAUGUACUCGAUCAUAUAUUAAUUCUUUGAACGAGUUUAUUCAAAAAGAACUUAUUAGUAAAUUAAGUGAUUUAAGAGAGUCCUAUGGUUUAAUGAGAGGAGAUUAUAGACUUAGCGAUGAGUACGGAGAUAUCGAUGAUAUGGUUUAUAGUACUUUGGAUUCAAGUCCUGCAAAAGCCGUUGUGAAUCAUAAAUUAAAAAUCACUGAAAAACAGCUAGAAAGGUUUUUAAAUAUUUGUUGGGCGAAAUUUAUGAGAGCAAAAAUCGAGCCAGGUACUGCUGUUGGAGCCCUUGGUGCGCAAUCCAUCGGGGAACCGGGAACUCAGAUGACUUUGAAGACUUUCCAUUUUGCUGGUGUUGCUUCAAUGAAUGUUACACUUGGUGUCCCGCGUAUAAAGGAAAUUAUUAAUGCGUCAAAAACAAUAAGUACACCAAUCAUUACUUGUAAACUUGUUAAUGAUACUGAUGUGAAGUCCGCUAGAAUUGUUAAAGGUCGUUUAGAAACAACUUAUCUGGGAGAUAUUGCAAAAUAUAUUGAUGAAAUUUAUGAACGUGAUCAAUGUUUCCUCGCCAUUAAGUUGGAUUUGGAGGCAAUACAAAAAUUACAGUUGGAGACAAAUAUAAAAGAAAUAGCGCGCGCGAUUGUCGAUAGUCGUAGUUUAAAGCUUGAAGCUAAUGGAAUUCGUAUAGUUUCAAACGAUGAAAUCGAUGUCUAUGUCCCCGACAAAGAGAUGUACAAAGAUCCAUGUUGCUUGUAUUAUAGGCUUCAAAUUUUAAAACGAGCCUUGCCCAAGGUUAUAGUGAAGGGAAUACAAACUGUUACAAGAGCUGUAAUUAGUGAAGGAAAGAAAGGGAAGAAACAAUUGUUAGUUGAAGGAUACGGGCUUCGUGAAGUAAUGACUACUGAAGGCAUUGUCGGCACUGAAACGACAAGUAAUAACGUUAACGAAGUACAUAAAGUUCUUGGUAUUGAAGCCGCUAGAAAUACAAUUAUUAAAGAAAUCCAAUAUACAAUGGGUCGUCACGGAAUGAGCAUCGAUCCGAGACACGUUAUGUUACUAGGAGAUAUUAUGACAUUCAAGGGCGAAGUAUUAGGAAUUCAUCGGUUUGGUAUUUCAAACAUGAAAAGCAGUGUUCUUAUGUUGGCAUCAUUUGAAAAAACAACGGACCACCUUUUCGACGCUGCAUUACAUAGUAAACGCGAUUGUCUUGAAGGGGUGAGUGAAUCUAUAAUUAUGGGAAUGCCCAUGCAACUUGGAACUGGUCUGUUUAAAUUGAUAAGAACACCAUUCGAGAAUGAGAAACCACAUAAAAGGAAAUUAUUAUUUGAUUCCCGAGAAAAUCACGUAAAAUUCACAUAUGGAGAUGCAUCUAUGGAAGGAGUGUGA